AUGAAUACGACAUAUCAAAACAUGACAGAAUGUGACUACACAGUACAUACAGAGACUCACACAUGGAAUUUGUUUUCGGACAGUCGGGCAAUGGACAUGAUGAGGAGAAUGUGGGAAUCGUGUUUGCAUGAUCGAUUACUGGGGAUAUGGAAUUUAUUUCUGGAUGCUAUUAAUCUCCCUGAAUCUCAGCAAGAAGUCGAGAUAACAAACCAAGCCAUUGAACUAUUCGAUCUUGGAAAGAAAAUCGAUCAAAAUCAAACUACUUCUCAAAAAAUCCAAGACAUAUUUUCUCAAUAUAGAACAGACAGAUACUUUGAAAAUCUAUUCCGUGAGUGUGGCAUUGUGAAAGGUUGCGAUGAUGACACUGUUUCAACGCUCCUAGAUCCAUUUAAAACUUUAAACUCGGCAUCGUUAACGAUGUACCUUUUAUUUUCCCUGGUGUUGCUAAACAUUCUUUUUAGAAAUGCAGUACUAUCCAAGAUGAUGUAUUCAGUCUGCAUUGUUAACGCUUAUAUGGCUGGGUCCAUCUGUCUAGUGAACUUGAAAGUUGCUUAUGAACUAAUGACUAGUUCGUGGCCCACGGAGAUGCCUCUAGGCCUUGAAUACCUAGUUAGGCUUUAUCCUUACAGAUGGAUCUACCUUCAAAUAUUUGUGAUGGCGGUAUUUAUCUUUUAUCAUAAAUUUUAUUUGAAAUCUGACGAUGUACAGGAAAAAAGACAAAAUGUUUUCAAAAAGAUUUUUGUGAUCAUCGUUAUUAUUCUUGGUGCAUUUGUUCAAGGCAUUGCUUGUUUAUUCACUAAGAAUAUAUUUCUGACGCAGUCUACUGCAGACUUUUUUACAAUGUUCUGUUUGAUAAACAUUUGCAUGAUGGCUGCAAUCAUAUACUCAUCCGUGACUAUGUUGAAGGCUUCAUAUCGUUACUUUAUCAAAAGAAACACAUCUGAGUAA